AUGGAAGUUCCCAAAGUUAUUCAAGAUUUAACUAACAAAGACGAGAAAGACACUCGACAAAUGCAAACGCUUCAAAAUGUAUUUAGAGCACAAAUGGAAUCUCUAUUCCAAUCUUCUCCGAAUAACGGUGCAGUCGGACCAUAUACUCCGUAUUCAGAAAUACAUUGUGAAUUCGAUAUGUCAACAGAAGUUAAAUGCAAAAAAAUACUUGAAACUAUAAAUGAAUUAGAUAGCAGAGAAAUAAAUUUUUUAUUACUAAUAUGCUCAGAUAUCGAGAAACAAUAUCCAUCAUUAAUACCACUCUUAGAUUCCUCUCUUAUAGUUGCUGCUGAUAGAGCAAACACAGUUUCAAAAUUACAAAUAUUACAAAAAUACAUUGAAAAUAAAACAAGAAAAACUGAAUAUGAUUUUGGAUUUAUAAUAAUACAGAAAAUAAAACAGAAUAUUGCUACUGAUAUUCAAUCAUCUAAUGAAAUUUCAUCAAUAUAUUUUUCCGAUAAAAUAAUUUCAAUUUUCAAAAAUGAUGAAAAUUUCAAGAAUGCAGAUGAUGGAUGUUUACUUAUUCAUUAUGGCGAAAAUUAUUUUGUAUUUAACAAUACAACACAUGAAAUCAAAUAUUCAAAAUCAUUAAAUCAAAAUGAGAUCACAACAAUAGAUUUUUCUCAGAUUUUAGAUGUUGAAAACGGCAGAAUUUAUGGACUGAAUACAAUCAACAAUAAUUUAUAUAUCAGCCAGAUAAAUGAUGAUGAAUUAACUUUAACAGUUUAUCCAAAUGGUUUCUUAUCCGAGAAUCCAGAAAAAACACAGUAUUCAAUAAAAUUAUUAGGAAACAUUGAUGAAACUGUUAAAAUAGAAAAUUGUUCAAAUUCGGAAACAUUAACAGUAUUUUACGAAGAUGGAACAGCUCAAACAAUAGAUUUGACAAGAAGAGAAUUUACAAAUGACGAUAAGAUAUUUUCUGACACUAUUUACGUGUCAAAUUUUUCAAAUGUCAAAAAACCUUUUGUUUUCAGCUUUUGCAUAAUAGACAACGUCUUAUAUACAUACAAACAACAGAUAGAAAAAAGCGGAUUCGCAUUUUAUGUUUGUCCUUUAUUAGGUUUCAACACAGACCAGAUUAUCCUCAAUAUCUGCUCUGACAUAAUGAGACAAGUAAACAACAAAUUGACAAAAUUAAUGUCAGGUAGAAAUGUUGACACAAGACUUUGUGAAAAUUCAAUUGAAAUCAUUGAUUUAUGCUUAUCAAUUCUCAACAAUUAUCCAAUCAAGAGUGAAAUCUCUCACUAUUUAUAUACAACAUUGACAAGAUUAAUUGUCUUGAACAUCAAAAGAUUGGAAACAUUGAACAUGGAAAUUCCAAAGUUUUAUUUAGACGAAACAAUUUCAAUCUUAAGAGAUUUACCAUUGAGCCUACCAUUUUUAGAGACAUUGAAUUUCUUUACUCGGAAUUUCGAUUGCAAGUGCAAUAAAUCAAUGUUACAAAUCACUUCCAAUUACUGA